UCCCCCAGUCAUCCAAUUCUAACCAUCUACAUUCUACAGCACUCAAAGCUGACCCAGCCACAAGUUUACAGCAUGGUACAAUUGGGCAACUGCCACGUGGAAUGCUAUCAUGGGUUUCUGUAGAAAUUUGAAGCUUUGUGUUACUAGCCAAUCUCUGCUCUGAUCUCUGUGACAAGUCCCUGUCCUUCUAACUGUUGUUAAAAGAGUCUUUGGUCCAUUCCCUUCCCAGUUUCUAGUUGCUCUUAUAGCUCAGCUCACACACAAACAGAGAGAGAGAGAGAGAGAGACUUGUGGUGCUUUCCAAAACAGCAAUUUAUACACUGUAGGCCUUCAGUUUCCACUUCAAGAGAAGUCAGAGCUUGGCUUUUGAUCAGGGAAAUCCUGUCUGCUGAGACAUGAAUUCUUGCAUUCCUGAUUGGAACUUUGAGGCUGAUCUCCCUUUGACCAACCAAAAGAAACCCAUGGGGCCAGACCAUGAACUAGUAGAGCUCUUGUGGAGAAAUGGACAGGUAGUUUUGCACAGCCAAACGCAUCGAAAACCGAGUCUUAAUCCUCCUAAUGAGUCCAGACAAGUUCAAAAACAAGAUCAGCAAACCAUAAGGGUUGGUGGAUUAUAUGGGAACUCAAGUAAUUUGAUUCAAGAUGAAGACACAAGUUCCUUGAUCCACUACCCUCUUGAAGAUUCCUUUGACAAAGAGUUCUGUUCCCAUUUUUUUUCUGAAUUGCCUUCCUGUGAUCCAAUUGAGAUUGACAAGCCAACCAAACAAUUUGAAGAAGAAAAGUUUGCUAAGUUUGGUGCUUCUGAUACGCCCCAUCUUGUUUCCACUGCCCCCCAACCUAAUGUUAAGUCCCCUGCUGGUAUGGGAUAUCCUGCAAACCCAAUGCCUCCUCCAAGAUAUCAAUACAAUAACUCAACUGAGCAAAACCAAAAUCUAGGAGGCUUGGGGAAAGUAGUUAAUUUUUCAACAUUUGCUACCCCAGGCAAGGGUGAUAGAGGAUCUUCGAGAGGAAAAAUAGGAGGGAAAGAGUCUGGCAAUUUAACUCAGGGGGAGGUUAAAGAGUGUUCGGUAAUGACCGUUGGUUCGAGUUACGUUGGUAGCAACCAAGUUCUAAAUGACCUUGAUGUGAGCAGGGCUUCAAGCAAUUGUGAUGGGACGACUGGUUUAUCUGUUGGACCCUUCUAUGACAAUGUUCAAAAGAUGAUGCCUCAGAGUGAGACAGGGAAAACAGAUACACUAGACCCAACUCUUACUUCGUCUUCUGGUGGUUCUGGUAGUAGUUUUGGCAGAGGAGGAAAGCAGUCUAAUGUUGUCAAUAGCAACAAAAGAAAGGGUAGAGAUGCUGAAGACUCAGAGUGCCAAAGUGAGGCUGCUGAACUUGAGUCAGCUGCGGGAAACAAGUCAGCACAACGGUCUGGGUCAUCCAGGAGGAGCCGUGCUGCUGAAGUCCAUAAUCUCUCAGAAAGGAGACGGAGAGAUCGGAUCAAUGAGAAAAUGAGAGCAUUGCAAGAGCUCAUACCUCAUUCUAACAAGACAGAUAAAGCAUCAAUGUUAGAUGAGGCAAUUGAAUACUUGAAGUCUCUUCAGAUGCAACUUCAGGUAAUGUGGAUGGGAACCGGGAUGGCACCAAUGAUGUUUCCAGCCAUGCAGCACUAUAUGUCCCGAAUGGGAAUGGGAAUGGGAGUGGGAAUGGGAAUGGGACCACCAGCCUUGCCUUCAAUGCACAAUCCGAUGCAUUUACCUAGAGUCCCUCUAGUUGAUCAGUGCAUGAAUGUGGCUCCAGCAACAAACCAGGCUGUAAUGUGCCAAGCACCGGUGUUGAAUCCAGUUGAUUAUCAUAACCAGAUGCAAAAUCCCGCUUUUCAGGAGCAGUAUGCGCGUCUUAUGGGCUUCCAUCAUAUGCAGACUAUGUCUCAGCCUAUGAAUAUGUUCAGAUUUGGCUCCCAGCCUAUGCAACAGAAUCAGAUGACAGCACCAACUGGCAUCAACAGUGGACCUUUAGGUGGAGGAGGUACAGCUAAUGAUACUUUAAGUGGCAAGAUGUGUUAAUCAGUGAGUGUGCAUGCUUAUCUCCUCUCUAUGGUCCCCUGGCUUAUUCAACAAGAUUAUUUCAAGGUGGCAAAAGUUGUUGUGUCGAAUAUAUUUCUAGCUCGCACUGUUCACAUGCCUCACCAACCAACGAGCGACGUACGAUCUUACCGCAUAGUUGAGGUGAUCGAAGAGUCACUUCUCCUACGUACAUGCCAAUGAACAACUACUGCAAGAGUUCAAAACAUCCCAAGCCUAGUUGUGCAGCUUCCUGAAUUGAGUUUUUGACUCUGGUAAAAAGUAAGAUAGUAUUUCAGUUCAUGUCCAACAACAUGUAUAAAAUACGGGCAUAUUUCUGCUCAUUGAUGUUCUCUUAUAAAAAUAUGCCUCAAUUUUUUAAUGGAUAUUGAUGUUUCCUGAAGUGUU